AUGGAUUAUGGAGAUGGAUACCUUUAUGAUGUUGGUAUGCACAUAUGGUUGCAGUGCAACUAUAAUAAAUGUGGUUUGGGCAUUGUGUUAUUCGCGUUUGGUGGAGUGUGUGGUUUAGACAAUGAUGAAGAAUUUCAAAACAUAUUAUUUCUUGCCAAAUCAAUGGGGUUACACCAUGUAAAGGUUGUCGUUGAUUUGAAAAAUGAUAAUGGUCAGUCGAGUAGCUCUGGGUUGCUGCGUGUGGGGGGUGAGAAAGAAAUUGAUGCACUCCGGAGAUUUUGCCACCAAAAGAAGAAGGUGUUGUUGUCAGCCCCUUGGGCAAAUGAUGUCCGAACAUCGAAGAAUCCGAGAUUUAGUUCUGAUUUGGUGUCGAGUACUAUAUCUGAAAUUGUGAGGGACAAGCCAUUGACUCGGUUGUGUGAGGUGAUGACUAUUUUGAAGAGGGAUUAUGGGUUGGAGGUGAGUUACUACGUGGUACGGUUGAGCGUGGAGAAAGCAAAUGCUGUUAUUCAUGAAGAUCACUCAUUAUCGUUUGACCAGUUGCGGUGGUAUUCGGAUGCUGUGAUGCGUUACAAUCUAGGGAGUUAUGUUAAUAUUGACUAUGACGGGAGUAAUCAACAGUUUUGUCGUUUCUUUGUAUCAUUCAUUACGUGUAUUUCUGAGUACAAUUCUUGUCGGCCUUUGUUAUUCCUGGAUGGAACGUUCCUCAAAGGAAAGUACAAGGGUCACCUAUUUGCAGCAACGACGAAAGAUGGAAACAAUGGUCUAUUCCAUGUUGCAUUUGCGAUUGUUGAUUUAGAGACCACGGUCAAUUGGUCAUGGUUCUUGCACGAACUUGGGAAGGUUGUGGAUGGUAAGCGUCAAAUUACUUUUAUUUCGGACCGUAAUCUUGGUUUGUCAAAAGCGAUGCCGAAGGUGUUCUCAUCGGUUCACCACAGUUAUUGCUUACAACACUUGAAGAAUAAUUUAAGAGACCAGAUGAAGGGAAUUGAUAAUGGAUUUAAGGACCACCUGGUUAGUAGUUUGUGUGACUAUGCUUACGAGCCAACUGUAGUAGGGCUCUAUGAAAAGCUUGAGAAAUUAAAAGAGGAUGAUUAA